CACUGACUGGCGUGGGGGUGCAGGAGCCUGGCGUGGGCAAAGAGAGUGGGGCACAACGCAGGGCCGUACCCCACACUCGGCCUCUGCAAGGGUGCGCGGUGGGGCUGGCGGGGGGCACAAAGCUGCACAGAGCAAAGGCAGAGCAGGCAGGGCACGCAGGCAGGAGCCACUGACAAUGCUGCAAGCUGUCCUUGCUGCACUCGGGCUGGCAGCAGCAGCCGUGGCCGGGGCCCCACGACAGGGUGUCUCCCGCUGCGCUGUGCAGCCAGGCAUGGGUGCGAGCGGGUGCACCCUGGGGAGGAAUGUGGGCUGGGAGGGGCUGCGGAACCAGCACGGGCACUCGUGCUACAGCCACCACUCAGCCAGCAGCCGCCACCCAGCAUGGCCGAGAAACCCCAAAUCCAGCUCUUCGUCAAGGCAAGCGAGGAUGGGGAGAGCAUGGGCCACUGUCCCUUCUGCCAGCGGCUCUUCAUGGUGUUGCUGCUCAAAGGGGUGCCAUUCACCCUCACCACCGUGGAUGUGAAGAGGGCACUGCACUUGCUGAAGGACUUCGCACCGGGUGCCCAGCUGCCUGUUUUGCUCUACAACGGCGAGCCCAAGACUGACACAGUAAUGAUCGAGGACUUCCUGGAGAACCAACUGGGCCCCCCCAUGUUCCCCAGCCUGGUCCCACAGUACAGGGAGUCAAGCCUGGCUGGGAACGACAUCUUUCACAAGUUCUCCACCUUCAUCAAGAACCCAGUGCCUGCCCAGGACGAGGUGCUGCAGCGGAACCUGCUGCGGGCCCUGCUGAAGCUGAACGAGUACCUUAGUGCCCCCCUGGAAUACGAGCUGGCCCGCAACCCCCAGCUCCGGGUCUCCCAGCGCCGCUUCCUUGACGGGGACCAGCUCACUUUAGCUGACUGCAACCUGUUGCCCAAGCUCAACAUCAUCCAGGUCGUGUGCCAGCAUUACCGCCGCUUCGGGAUCUCCAAGGACCUGCAGGGUGUGUGGCACUACCUCAGUGCUGCCAGUGAAACCAGGGAGUUCAAAUACACCUGCCCCAGCAGCGAGGAGAUUGUGCAAGCCUAUCGCUCCGUGGUCCGGUCGCCACAGUGAGCCAGGCACGUGCCCAGGUGAGCACAGGGCCAGCGUCAGGCAGCAGGCCAGUGCCCACCUCAGUCCUGCUAUAUCCAUCACGGUCCUGCCUGCAUCCAUGCAGGAGGGCAGAGACGAUGAGCUGUGCCCCCGCCACCCAAAUUCCCCCAGCCGGCACACCAGCCCACGGUGCCAGCAGUAAUCUGCAUCACACUGAGCCUGCAAACUCAUUCCCACCUCUUUUGCCACCCUCCCUGCCCAGCCAGGACCCCCACGACCUGCCCUGUGGUGCCUCAAGCAUCGGGAUGGGUGCAAAGAGACCACAGGCACCAUCUACCAAAGCUGGGCAACGCUGAGGGCAAAGGUAGAAGCUGGGGAGGAAAAGCUGCCCAGAGCAGAGGGCUGUGGGGUGCAGAGAGGGCAGUGCACUGCAGUGACCACCCCUGCAGGCUCCCUCAGAGGCACACUGUGCCACCCACCAGGUGAGCGACCGGAGGCAGGGCUGUGCCAGGGCAGCAGGCACCGCAGGAUGCCCCUGAGGAGCUGCACCGGGUGAGGGGAAGCAGCACAGCCACGGCAGAGCCCUGGGAAUGGAGCCGGAGGGAUGGCACAGGUGGUGGACAUGGCCCAGCCCCCUGGGUGAGGGGAGUGGAGGGCAUCAUGCUCCCAGAUCCUGCCAUUAGGAAGCUCUCAGGAGCAGAUUUGGGAGGGAUGGGGGUGAAGCGAGGCAAGUCCAAGCCAUGUAUCAGAGCUCCAAGAAAUCAAUAAAAGCUUUGCAAGUGAGA